AUGGCAUACCAGCCAUCACGCAGCCCCUUUGCGCCCGCGCAACAAGAAGGCUUCUAUCAAAAUUCCCGUAACGGGCUGCGCGGCUACGGACUGUCGAACCAGCCAAUUCCCCUAUCCAAUAAAGUGAACGGCUAUUUCGAGAAAGACCGCACUCUACCGCUUUACAAAGACAAACCCUUUUUCAAGCCACGGCGCACAGGGCCGCGGAGAAGAUGGAGACCGUUCUUUUAUGUCAUAGUAGGGUGUAGUAUGGUGUUCCUGUUAUACUAUAACUUCUAUCUCCCCGCGUGGUCAGGACUACAGUCCAACGACAAGGGGGUAGAGCUUUGGGAAUGGGCCCAGACAUUGGAUGAUGUCAAGGGCUCUGGGGAUUUGUCUGAAUGGGCUGCGAGGCGGGAGAAAGUGCGGGACGCUUUCAUCGUCAGUUGGGAGGGCUACGAGAAGAACGCAUGGGGAUAUGAUCAGUAUCGCCCGGUAUCCAACGUCAACCAGGAAUCGACGAGCGGCGGAUUAGGCUGGAUGAUUGUUGACUCGUUGGAUACACUCAUGAUCAUGAAUUUGACCUCGAAGGUCCACCGCGCACGACAAUGGAUUUCGACUUCAUUGCAGUAUAACCAGGACCGUGAUGUUAACACGUUCGAGACGACCAUCCGCAUGCUGGGUGGCUUAUUGUCUGCGCACUAUCUGUCGACCCAAUAUCCCAACUUGGCACCCCUUAACGACGACGAUGUCGGUGCUGCUGGCGAGGACCUUUACAUUGAGAAAGCUACCGACCUUGCCGAGCGACUACUUGGGGCUUUUGAGUCCCCAAGCGGUAUUCCGUGGUCGAACGUCAAUCUCAACACGUCUGCCGGUGUUGUUUUGCAUCUCGACGAGGGAGCUACGUCCAUAUCUGAAGCGGGCUCCUUGCAGCUUGAAUUCAAGUAUUUGGCUAAGUUGACCGGUGAAGGUGAAUAUUGGAAAUUAGUGGAGAAGGUGAUGAAGCUGGUUGAUUAUCAAGAGCCUCGUGAUGGCCUGGUGCAAGGUGCAAUCCAUCCGGAUACUGGUCUUUUCAAGGGAGACAGCAUUGGUCUCGGUAACAAGGCAGACUCGUAUUAUGAAUAUCUCAUCAAGCAGUACCUGCAGACCUCACAGCAGGAGCCUCUUUACAAAGAGAUGUGGGACGAAGCCUUACAAGGCAUCCGCAAGCAUCUGAUUUCCUUCACCAAGAACUCCCAACUGAUGAUACUUGGCGAGCGGCCACAAGGUCUAGACAAGGAACUCUCCCCCAGAAUGGACCACCUAGUAUGCUUCAUGCCAGGAACCAUCGCUCUCGGUGCUACCGGCGGCCAGCCUUUAUCCAAAGCCCGGAAGUCAGCAGACUGGACACCACAGCGCGAGGAAGAAAUUCUCAUAUCCCGUGAACUGAUGAAGACCUGCUGGGCAAUGCACCAAGCAACAGCCACCGGUCUCGCAGCCGAGAUCUCCCACUUUGUCCUGGACAGCCAGCCUCUAACAAUGGCGGACAAAUACCCGGACCCAGCCACAAAAUCCAAGCCAGAGAUUCUACACAGCAUCUCCAAACCCCUCGAAGCGCAACGCGACGGCACAGAGCCCUGGCGCGAAGACAUCACCAUCCAGCGAAACGACCGCCACAACCUGCAACGCCCUGAAACAAUCGAAUCCCUCUUCUACAUGUACCGGAUAACCGGCGACGACAUCUACCGCCAAUGGGGGUGGGAGAUCUUCAAGUCAUUCGUCCGCCACACAGCCGUUGUAGAGAAAAAGGCCGUCUCUCGCCUUCCAGGGUCUACGAGCAAGGAACCCAUUUUCCGCAUCAAGGGAUUUACAUCUCUUGGUAAUGCGGAUGCGGUCCCUCCCUACAAGCGUGAUAAUAUGGAGAGUUAUUGGAUGGCUGAGACGUUGAAGUAUCUCUACUUGAUGUUUUCGGAUCGAGAUUUCAUUGCGUUGGAAGAUCAUGUCUUUAAUACCGAGGCUCAUCCUUUCCCGAGGUUUAAGCCUACUGGUGAGCUUAAGACUGGAUGGGAGAGGAAGCCUAGGGUUUGA